UGGACGGUAACUGGGAAGGCGAAAGUCAUGCCUGGAUUAAAAUUGUGAGACACAUGCAGCGACAUUACACACGUUUGACUCUCUCUUAGGUUAUAAACACCAUUAUGAUCCUUUUCAAACUGGUUAGAGCUCGUUUAUUAAGAUGUCGAGUGUGUUUGCUUGCCUUUCCUGUGUUAGCUGUGUGGGUACUUUUGACUGUGCAGUGGUUGAAGAUGAAUCCUACUAGGAGACAUCUUUCAGAAAACUUUCCCAGCCAUGAAAACUUCUCUGGUAUGGAAGAAAAUGGAAUCAAGUGCAAGCCUCACAGGCCAGACAAAAGUGGCCAGGAACAAAUUCUUAAAUUUUAUGGACAUCCAGGACAGUUGGAGGAGCCAAAGUGUGACAAUACACAUCACCCAGAGAUCUGUUCAUACCAGUUAACCAAGUUAAUGGAACAUCAUGUGUCUUGUGAUGUGAAGGUGUGUGGGUCUUCAGAGAUUCAAAUGGCUUCUGUGAAUCCAGAAAUGGGAAAAGCUGUUGAUGACUGGGAAACAUUGCCAAAGGAAAAAGUUACUUAUAAAGUACAGGAGGCAGUGAAAACAAACCUGGAAAAUGGAUUUAAUUUCUUGUUCCUUAAAUGUGGGGACAUUUAUCAAGCCUUGAGUUUUCCUCCCAUCUUUAAGGAAAAUGAAAAUGCUGAAGGCAGAAGUGCUAUAAAUGUAAAUAUUAUUAUGUUGGACUCUAUCUCAAGACCACACUUCUAUCGAACUAUGCGAAAAGCCACAGAAGCUUUGAAGAAGAUUAGUGAAGAUCCUACAAUCAAAGCCACAGCUUUGGACUUUGAACUUGUUCAAAGCAUUGGUCAACAGACUUUUGAAAACUUGAGACCAUUCUUCAGUGGUGUUCUGAAAGAUGACAAUGAAGUAAGUGUCUCUGCAAGCAAUAAAAACGCUCCUUUGGGUGUGGAAGUGUUAUAUGGGGCUGUAAAAAAGUGGGGCUACCAGACACUCUUUCAAGAGGACCUUUGCUGGUACGAUAUAUGGGGAAGUGCAUUAACAGAUAAUGAAAGGAGAGAAAUUCCUAAAACAAAUUCAGAAUUUAGAGAGAGGUGGAAAGAAUUUCAGGAAAAGAUGGCAAAGAAAAUGGUUGACCAUUUUGGGAUUACACAUUUUUCCUGCACUGUGUUAAACAGAAUUGGAAGGACCAAUCAUUAUGACAAUCCUCAGAAAAUUUGUCUUAAUGGACAGUUUUACAGUUGGUACUUCUUCGACUACAUAAGAAAGGUGUAUACUGCCUUAGAAAACAACAGAAAAGCCAAACCAUUGGUGUCAUACAUGCAUUUCAACACGGGACAUGAGAUGACAGGGAAACGAAUGAUCAACAUGGAUGCCAGCAUGGCCAAGUUUUUCACCAAUAUGGCCUUGUUUCCAAACACUUUGACUGUGAUUUUUUCGGACCAUGGUCACAAAAUGACUCCAUUCAGUUACACUGAAGAGGGAAGGAGAGAGUUAUUUGAUCCAGCAUUCUUCAUGAUUGUCCCUGAUGGUGUUAAGGAGAAACUGGGUCCAGAAAGGAUGGGAGCCUUGGUAACAAACCAAAAGCGCAUCUUUAUGUUGUAUGAUGUUCACAAAGCGCUCAUGAGUUUGCAUGAUUCUCAAGAGAAGGACUCUAGGAAUAAUUCAGUUUCAGGGAUAUUUUCAGAGAUUUCAGCCAACCGCACUUGUGCAGACUUGUACAUGCUUCCCUUAACAAGAUGCAAAUGUGAAGGUUUUGAUGAAGAAAUUCCAGUAAAGGAUAAUGCAGAUGAUCAGAUGUGGUUGGCAGAAUUUGCUCUGGGAUAUAUCAAUGAUGCUAUUCAAAAACAAUACAUGAGUGGAAAUGGUGAUUCAAAGAAUAACUAUGGCUAUGGAAACUGCCAGCGCUUGGUUGGAAAAUCAUUUGAGAAGGUUGUCAAACGAUUCCGUGGAGAAUACAUCUUGACCACGAUGGACAUUCACGUGUUCCCUCCAGCCGGAUUCACAGAGGAUGAAGUUUAUCGAGUCUCUGUCAAACAGUUUGCCAAACCACAACAAGGAGUAUUUUUUCUCAGUUCUGUCCGGGUAACAAUGUAUAACAAGUUUGCCUUGUGUGCAGAUAAGUCCGUGGAUAUUAAGCUCUGCGCAUGCUCCAAAGAGCAAACCGCAGACGCCAAGAUGAAAGAAGUGUUGUUUGAUAAUGGAGUUCCUCGCGAAAUGUUUGGUUCGGACACAAUUGUGAGAGACUUGGAUUCAAACUGUUUGUUAUUCUUGCGACGGAAUCAUGGGACGUUUUCAUUUGGGUUAGAAAUUGCAAAUGUGUGCACAAGUCGAACUUAUAAAUUUGAACUAACAGGCUCUAUGGAUCAAAGGAUAUUCUCCAAGACUUUGCCCAUUGGGCUGGAAUUAUUCCCAAAGACGUUUAGUUUUUUGACUUCUGUGUACAAAUACCUUUCAAAAGUAAACGAGCCGUUAGGGUUGAAAGCAAGUGUGAAGGUUAAGAAGGAUGGAUCAAACACCUUUACUGAUUUGGGGAUUUUCAGUGUUACAUGACAGUAAAUAUAGUUUUCAAACUGUGAGAAAAUUAUUCCUCUGGACAAGACAAGGAAAACUUCAUCUGUACAUAAAGGUCUUAAACACUUCAAUUCCGUGUAUUUACAUUUUCUUUUAGCCAUAUAAUGGGAGAUUG